AAAAAAAAUGAAACCUCCCUCCCGGUUCGGCCAGCCUACGGGAUUCGGCCGAGAGUCGAGUGAGAGGGAGAUAAUCACCUUCAAAGCAAGCGAGUUCCCUUGUGGCUUCCGAUCAAAAUGUUGAAACUUCCGAUCCGUCCAGGAAGGGAAAGUCGGUGAAGGUGUCGGCCAGGGCAGGAGACCGGCGGAGGAAGGAUUUGGGUAGGUUUCUCUCUCUCUCUCUCUUUCUCUCUCUCUCUCUCUCGGUUUGCACCAGAGAUCGGCACAGGCAAAGGGGAGGAAGGAGAGAUCGUGAGGUCGUUUGCUGUGUGGGAUCGGACAGAGAUGGAAGAGGCGUCGCGAAUGAGGGAGGGAGGAGCUCGGGAUCAAGUGAGGGCCGAAGCUCUCAUUUGGGUUGGUAUUUAACGACUCUGAGAGAGGCGCGAUCGAGGCGCUGUCACAGGAUUUUCGGGAGGCGAUGACAGCGGCUCCGAACAGGUACGCGAUUCAGCGGGAUUUGAGCAAGUUUUGCGGGAUAUCGGGCAGGAUUUCGGGAGAUUUGGCUGGCUGCUCGACAUAUACGAGAGAUUUCAAAUGUCUUGGUUUAUGAGAUUGGCUUUGAGAAUAUGCUGGUGGACAAUCCAUCUAGUCUUCAGCAUCUAUCAAUUCGGGGCUCAUUUGUUGCAAGUCUUUGAAUCUUACAGUAUUUCAGUAGGAUUGUCAGAAAGUUAUCGGAAUGUCCCAUUGCAUAACCUUAGGCAUCUUGCAGUUGUGGUGGAUAGCGAUGAAGCAAGAAGCACAAUAAAGGUCAAACAGCUACUGCUUUGGUUGUCCAAUAUUGGAGUGAAGUCUUUGAUUUUAUAUGAUCUGGAAGGUGUUCUGAAGAAAUCUCUUGAUGGAGAUUCGAGCAGCUUUAUCAAUGGCAUGACAUCAGUCCCCCAUCAAAAUAAAAUGACUGUAGAACUGCUUUCUUUCGCUGAUAAUAAAGGAGGACUUGCCAAAGCAGCUAGCUUUUUAUGCUCCAAGUAUCUGAAAGAAGAGCUUGCAAGCUGUGACAGACAGGAUUUCAGAAUCACUGAAACUGAAAUUUCUGAUGCUCUAAAUAUAGUGGGAUGUGGUGGACCUGACCCUGGUCUCCUUCUUGUAUAUGGACCUGUCAGAUGCCAUCUGGGAUUCCCUGCAUGGAGAAUUCGCUACACAGAGAUUGUACAUAUGGGACCGCUAAAAUCUAUGAAAUAUGGUGCCAUUCUCAAAGCCUUUUUUGAGUUUUCAAAGAAGCAACAAAAUUAUGGUACUUGAAGCAGUAGCUGAUGCUAUUGUUGCAAGAAGCUUCUGCUU